AUGAGCAGCGGAACAGAGGCCUCAUCAUCCACUCAAAACACACCAUCACUAACGUCGGAAAAUGUCCAACAACAAGAAAAGAUGAAGGAAUUGGUUUUAAAAUUCCUACAACAAAAUGGAUUUCAACGAUCAGUGAAAGCUUUAGAAGAAGAAUUGAAUGGUCUUCCGUCCGGACAGAAUUUGGUAACAACCGAUAUUUCGGAAUUUGCUUCUACGUACGAUCUCGGAUCAGCUAAUGGUGAAAGCGAGGUGAUAAACAGUUUUAUCAGUGAUAGACAAAGUGGAAAGGGCUAUUUACAAGCUUAUCAGUCUCUUACUGACUGGGUCUUUUCAUCACUUGAAAUUUACAAGAAUGAACUUGUUCAAGUGUUGUAUCCUGUAUUUGUUCAUUGCUAUUUGGAACUUGUUAGCAAGGGACAUAUAGAGGAAGCAAGAAAGUUUUUAAACAAGUACAAGAAUCAACAUUCACAUUUUCACUACGACGAAAUUUUGACUCUUCAGAGUCUUCAAUCACCAGAGAUAAUGGCACAAAAUGAGUUUUCUAAGAGAUUAUUGUCUCACAAGUUUAUCAUUAGACUUAGUGAAGCAAGCUUCCAUUUACUGAUGAAAUUCUUGCAAGACUCAUCCGAGUUAAAAUUGUUAUCUAUUUUAAAUCAAUACGUCAAUUUUAAGACAUACAAAGGCCAACCAAGUUUACAAGCUCCUGCUAUGAUAGAUGGAAUUUUGUUAAUGGACCACGACAUCAAAGCUCAACAACAAAAGAAGAAACGAAAGGCCACUUCUGAAGAAGCUGAGGGAUCUGAGGAUGAGGAUUUGACUGAAGAUGAUGAAGAUGAAUUGGAAGCAAUAUUUGGAAAAAACAAAAAAAUCAAUUGGGAGGUCGAAAAUAGAGAAAAAGAAGAAGUGUUAGCCUCUGCUGUCACCGUUCCUGAAACUCCAGUUGCUCCUCAACCUAGUAGAAGAGGAAGAAAGAAAAAAGGGGCAUCAACAGCCGCACAAGCAGAAAUUAAGAAAUUAAUAGAUAUUGCAAAGGAGCAAGUCCCUGUAUGUCCGUCAGUGUGCUUCUACACACUUUUCAAUUGUAGCUCCAAUUUAAAUACUGUUGAAAUUGGCACAAACUUUGAACACAAACCAUCUAAUUACUUUAUUGAAGACGGUGAUUUUGCACCCCAAUAUAACCUAAGAAAUGGCCCAGUAAUUGCUGCUGGAUUUUCUGAUUCCACAAUUAGAUGUUGGAACUGGCGUAUUCUUAAUGGCACCAUUCCUAACACCAAGUCAUACGCGAGAAGCGCAGAAAACGUUAACUCAGAUGAUAACGAAAAUAGAGAAUGCCAAUACGAAACUCUUGUUGGGCAUUCAGGGCCAGUGUACUCCUUAUCUUUUAAUUCAGACCAACAAUGGCUACUUUCAGGAAGUGAAGAUUGUACAGCUCGUUUAUGGAACGUUAACAAUUCUGAAUGUGUUGUUGUUUACAAAGGUCAUCAAUAUGCAGUUUGGAAUGUCUCCUUUAGCCCAACAGAUUAUAUGUUUGCAACAGCAUCUCAUGAUCGAACAGCAAGAUUAUGGGUUACUGACAGAGUUACUCCAGUAAGAGUAUUAGCGGGACAUUUGUCUGAUGUAGAAUGUGUAAAAUUCCAUCCAAAUUGUAAUUAUGUUGCCACAGGUUCCAGCGACAAAACUGUUCGCCUUUGGGAUGUUCAAACUGGUGAAUGUAUGAGAAUGUUUAUUGGACACCAUGGGUCUAUCAACACACUUGCUUUUUCGCAUGACGGGCGAUAUUGUGCAUCUGCUGGAGACGACCAACAAGUGAUUGUGUGGGAUAUUGGCUCUGGUAAAAUAGCUUACAAGUUUAUUGGUCAUACUGGCUCCAUUUGGUCACUAGAUUUUAACAGAAACGACACAUUCCUUGCAUCUGCCUCUUUAGAUUGUACCGUACGAGUGUGGUCCAUGUUUGACACUAUUGACACUGGAUCUUCAGCAGAAUCAGCGGCUCAAAUUCUCAAAGAAAAGAAAUUGGAGCUGAACAAGCACAAAAUAAUCUCAAAGGAACCAUACAAAACUUAUUUCACCAAACAAUCACCAGUGUACUCUCUCAAAUUCACACAACAAGACUUUGUUGUCGCCAGUGGAGGGUUCAACUUCUAG